AUGGCCAAGUCAAAGAACUCGUCCCAGCACAACCAGGUGCGCAAGGCUCACCGUAACGGUAUCAAGAAGCCCAAGACCAACAAGUACCCUUCGCUGCGUGGUGUCGACCCCAAGUUUGUUCGCAACCAGCGUUACGCCAAGCACGGUACCGAGAAGGCUCUCAAGGCUGCCCGUGCCGAGGCAUAA